CUCUCCUCCUCUCCUGUGGAUGGCGCCCCUCUGAGACAGGCUUGAGCGAUUUUGUGCAGUUUCGUGUGCAACAAAGUACCGAGCUUGUCAGCUAGCGAGAAGAGAAAACUGACCCCCCUUAGAUUGUCUGUUUUUUUCUACGGUUUUACACUACUUUGAAAUUAUUUGAUUGCUUUCGGGUGUUUUGUUGUGUGGAAUACAGGGGAACCUACAGGAUUAAGUUGUUGGACGGUGUUUGAACGCUUCAUGGAGGGGAAGCACGGUGCUUUCUUUUAAAAUAAAACGACAGGUUCAACAUUGCGAGCUGGCGUAAAAAAAAACCAACAGAUAACCAGGACUACUUAAAGGGUCGGUCCACCAGGGAGAGCCGGGGGAAAACCACCGUACAGCCGCCGCCAGCGCCACAGGGAGUCGGGGCCGGAGAGGGAGCCAGGCCCGCGGCUUGAUGUACUCUGCCUGCGUCCCCUCAGCCGCAGUCCGAGAUGGGGGAGACGAAAAUUAUCUACCACCUCGACGACCAGGAGACACCGUAUUUGGUGAAACUGUCGGUACCGGCGGACAAAGUCACUUUGGCAGACUUCAAAAAUGUCCUCAAGAAGCCGAAUUACAAAUUCUACUUCAAAUCUAUGGACGAUGACUUCGGGGUGGUUAAAGAGGAAAUAUCAGACGACAACGCUAAGCUGCCCUGUUUCAAUGGACGUGUGGUUUCAUGGCUGGUCUCUGGAGACGGGGCCCACACAGAUGCAGGCUCAGUGGCAGAUAGUUUGGAGGCGGCGCCACCUUUGGAAAGGACCGGGGGCAUUGGGGACUCGAGACCGCCUUCCUAUCACGGGAAGGCAGCGAGCGGUCGGGACAGUUUGGACAACGACACAGAGACUGGCUCCAUGGUGUCGCAAAGGAGGGAGAAGGAGAGGCCGCGACGGAAACACACCAACGACCACGGUGGAAGGCAGAAUGGUUUUUCAUCGCGGCCUGCAGGGCGAGGCGGCCCCGAGUACGACAGCUGCUCGUCUUUCAUGAGCAGCGAGCUGGAGUCCACUUCCUGCUUCGAUUCAGAGGACGAUGACGCAACCAGCAGAUUUAGCAGCUCCACCGAGCAGAGCUCCUCUCGUCUAAUGAGGCGACAUCGCCGUCGCAGACGGAAACCAAAGGCUUCCAAUAUGGACAGGUCCUCCUCCUUCAGUAGCAUCACAGACUCCACCAUGUCUCUGAACAUCAUCACUGUCACUCUCAACAUGGAGAAGUACAACUUCUUGGGCAUCAGUAUUGUUGGUCAGAGUAAUGAGAGGGGAGAUGGUGGGAUCUACAUUGGCUCCAUCAUGAAGGGGGGAGCCGUGGCUGCAGAUGGACGCAUAGAGCCGGGGGACAUGCUCUUACAGGUGAAUGACAUCAACUUUGAGAACAUGAGCAAUGAUGAUGCAGUUCGAGUCCUGAGGGACAUAGUGCAUAAACCAGGGCCCAUUACUCUCACUGUGGCCAAAUGCUGGGACCCAAACCCUCGGAGCUGCUUCGCUCUGCCCAGGAGUGAGUCUCACUCUACGUUGUUUCUGUUUUUCAGCCAUUUAUUUUUACGUGUCACUCAUACCCUUAUGCUUAAUCAAACAGGUGAGCCAAUCAGGCCUAUUGACCCAGCUGCAUGGGUUUCCCACACCGCUGCAAUGACUGGAGUUUAUCCUGCGUAUGGUAUGAGCCCUUCCAUGAGCACCGUGACCUCCACCAGUUCCUCCAUCAGCAGCUCCAUCCCUGAGACUGAACGAUUUGAUGACUUCCACCUUUCCAUCCAUAGCGAAAUGGCAACAGUCGCUAAGGCAAUGGCCUGCCCAGAGUCAGGUCUGGAGGUGCGAGACAGGAUGUGGCUCAAGAUAACCAUCGCUAACGCCUUUAUUGGUUCUGAUGUGGUGGAUUGGCUCUUCCAUCAUGUCGAAGGGUUCUCAGAUCGCAGAGAAGCCCGCAAAUACGCCAGCAACCUUCUCAAGGCCGGCUACAUCCGACACACAGUUAACAAGAUCACCUUCUCUGAGCAAUGCUACUACAUCUUUGGAGACCUCUGUGGCAACAUGACCCACUUGUCUCUCCAUGACCACGAUGGUUCCAGUGGGGGCGCCUCAGAUCAGGACACACUCCCCCCUCUGCCACAUCCAGGAGCGGCUCCCUGGCCCAUGGCUCUGCCCUACCAGUUUCCCAUUCCACACCCGUACGACCUGCCGCAGCCAUUCCAUGGAGGACCAGCAGCUGGCAGUGCAGGAAGCCAGAACAGUGGAAGCAGCGGUUCCAACUGCAGUAAGAACGAGGGGCGAAAGUCUGGGGGCAGUGGCAGUGAAACUGAGAUAAGGAGCCACAGAGCUCCUAGCGAGCGCUCAGUGGCUCCCCCCAGUGAGCGAAGUGUCCGUAGCUCUGUCAGCCACCGCAGUGCCAACUCGCACUCCAUAGCCUACGGUCCUGGCCUCGUUUACGGCCCCCCUGGCCUGCCCCCCCAGCCCCAGCAUCUGUCUUCAGCAGCACCUGGUGCACCCCCGGGAAGAGAGCUCGUCACUGCGCCGCCUGAGCUCACCGCUUCACGCCAGUCACUGCGCAUGGCAGUUGGAAAUGCGGGAGAAUUCUUUGUCGAUGUGAUGUAACCCAGGCUGUAGGCUGAUAACAAAGUAGCAGAAAAGGACCUUCUAGUGUCAUUGUAAGGAAGAGUAGGACAGUAUGAAAAGACAGGAGGGAGGAAGGGUUGCGAAAGCUGUAACCCAAGGCCUUGAUCCAGCUUCUCCAAAAGCAGAAAUAAAAACCGUGCUGUAUGUGUUGAGAGAAAAUGUUCCUCCUCUCUUAUGCUUUUCUUCCAAGUAGUAGUGGCCAUACUUUCUUCAGUGAAGAAACCCCCUCACUCAAGAUGGAACCAAAGCGCCUCUCUGUUUCCUCUCUUCAGUAGGGAAGAGUUUGCAUGAGGACAAAAGAGCAAGAGAGGGAGGGAAGCGGUGGAAAUGAAAAGCUGGGGAAGAUGACUCAGCGCUUUGCUACAUGGAUGUUUUUCAUUUGUUCUUCUCUUUCACUCUUCACUUUGCCUUCCUUAUCUUUCUCUGUCCUCCUCCCCCACCCCUGCUCACCACAAACUGAGAGAAAGAAGCCUCUUCCUUCCUUCUGUUCUUUCAAUCCCCAAACAAAAAAAAAAGAAAGCUGAAACGAACGCUUUUAACUUUAUU